AUGGUCGUCUCCGAGUUGACGGCGUCUGCCGUUGCCAUGAAGUCCUCGCCACCAUCGGACAAAGGCGACAGCAGCAGCAGCAGCAUAGAAGCCCAGCUGCUGCCCCUCGAGAACCGCGCAAAGGACGGCAAGUCGCCGUUUAUCAAGGCCUAUGCAGACAGUCUCGUGGCCUGGCAACUGCUGGACAACGAGGCCGUCGAGAGGGCGAGAAGAGAGAACAAGCUCAUUUUCCUGCACAUUGGAUACAGGGCCUGCCACUUCUCUCGCCUCAUGGCCCUCGAGUCCUUUUCGAAUUCCGAUUGCGCUGCCGUCCUGAACCACUCCUUUGUUCCCAUCAUCGUUGACCGCGAAGUACGCCCCGAUAUCGACACCAUCUACAUGAACUACGUCCAGGCUGUGAGCAACUCUGGAGGCUGGCCUCUUAACCUCUUUCUCACCCCAGAACUGGAGCCCGUCUUCGGAGGCACGUAUUGGCCCGGCCCCAACUUCCUAGUCAUCCUGAAAAAAGUGCGCAACAUCUGGAAGGAUCAGCAGGCUAGAUGCCGCAAAGAGGCAACCGAGGUCAUUGGCCAACUGCGUGAAUUUGCGGCCGAGGGCACACUUGGGAAACGAAGCAUUACGGCUCCACAGCCGAUAGCUCCCGCUGGAUGGGGUGCUCCAGUGCCCAACCAGCCCGCUGCCAAAGUGAGCGACAGCACGGCCGUGUCUAGUGAGCUAGACCUCGAUCAACUCGAAGAGGCUUAUACGCACAUCGCCGGAACCUUUGAUCCAGUAUACGGGGGGUUUGGGCUGGCUCCGAAAUUCCUGACGCCCCCCAAGCUGGCCUUUCUGUUGAACCUGGUCAACUUCCCCUCUCCGGUGCAGGAUGUCGUUGGAGAGGCCGAGUGUAAACAUGCGCUGGACAUGGCUCUGGAUACUCUGCGCAAGAUCCGUGAUGGGGCGCUUCAUGACCACAUUGGGGCCACUGGAUUUGCCCGGUGCUCCGUGACACCCGAUUGGAGCAUCCCCAACUUUGAAAAGAUGGUCGUCGAUAAUGCAUCACUUCUCCAGCUGUACCUGGAGGCGUGGAAACAGAGUGGUGGGAUGGAGGACAGUGAAUUUUACGAUGUCGUUGUUGAACUUGCCGAGUAUCUAACAUCCCCACCCAUUGCUCUUCCGAACGGCGGCUUUGCCUCAUCCGAGGCUGCCGACUCCUAUGCGAAACGAGGAGACGGUGAUAAGAGAGAGGGAGCCUACUAUCUAUGGACGCGACGCGAGUUUGCUUCCGUAGUCAACGCUGAUGAUAGCCAUAUCAGUCCCAUGGUUGAGGCCUAUUGGGACGUGCAGGAAGAUGGAAACGUGGACGAAGAUCACGACCCGAACGAUGACUUUAUUAACCAAAACAUCUUGAGGAUCAGGAAAACGCCCGACGAGCUGAGCAAGCAGUUCAAUGUUCCCGUCGCAACGGUGAAGAAGAACAUUCAGACCGCUAGGGAGGCUCUCAAGAAGAGGCGAGAGAAAGAGCGGCCACACCCAGAUGUGGAUGACAAAAUGGUCACUGGAUGGAACGGAUUGGUAGUAUCGGCUUUGGCGCGGACGGCAACAUCUCUUAGGGUACUGAACCCUGAGAAGAGCAAAAAGUAUAUGAGCGCGGCCAAGGCUUGCGUAUCCUUUAUCAAGGAGAAGCUGUGGGAUGAGAAGAAUAAAACCCUGUACCGGAUAUGGAGCGAGGGACGGGACACUGAGGGCUUUGCGGACGACUAUGCGUACCUAAUUCAUGGUGUUUUGGAUCUCUUUGAUGCCACAGGGGACGAAAGCUAUGUCGAAUUCGCCGACCAUCUGCAGAAAUCCCAAACCGCCCUCUUCUACGAUACCGCUGGUGCCUUCUACUCAACCACACAGUCUUCUCCUCACACCAUCCUCCGUCUCAAAGACGGCAUGGACACUUCCCUACCUUCCACCAACGGCGUUUCAGUCUCCAACUUGUUCCGACUCGGUGAACUUCUGGGAGACGAGAAGUUCACCGGCUUCGCGCGAGAAACCAUCAAUGCCUUCGAGGCGGAGAUGCUGCAGCACCCGUGGCUGUUCCCGGGCCUCCUGGGAGGUGUCGUCGUGGCGAGAUUAGGAUUGGGAUUGGAACUCAAGACUGUGGAUGUGAGGUACAAGACAACGAGGCAAAAGGCGUAA